AGCUUUUUAAGGGUCCCGAGUGGUGACUCGUAACAAAAACUCCUUGAUCGUGACAUGUCAUGUGUGUGAGACAAUACAAUUAUUAAAUAUUUUUGUGUUUAUUAUCAUAAUAUACCUAUAAAUUAUCUUAAAAUAUGACAGACGUAAAGAUACAUACGAAGGAAAGCAAUGACACCAAAGAACAGAGUGGGGUGUUGGAACACAUAAAACAUCCGUUGGAAGACACAUGGUGUAUUUGGUUAUGCACUAACAAUAACAGUGAUUGGGGGAAAAACCUUGUGAAUCUGGCCAGCUUCGACACCGUAGAAGACUGGUGGUGUCUGUAUCAUCACAUGAAGCUGCCUUCUGAGUUGGAGGUUGGCCAAGAUUAUGCAAUAUUUAAGAAAGGCAUCAGUCCGACUUGGGAAGACGAGGCUAAUACAAACGGAGGCAGAUGGAUUUUUAGUUUCGGGAGAAAUGUAUCAGACCUUGACUCCAAGUGGCUUCUUACGGUUUUAAUUUUAAUAGGAGCAACACUCACUGAGAAAGCAGCAGUAUGUGGCGCAGUAGUAAAUUUCCGUAAAGAUAAAAUUAAAAUUGGUAUUUGGAUCACCGACGCAUCAAAAAAAGCAAAAAUUUUAUCAAUUGGAAAUCAAAUGAAAUUUAAAAUGAGUUUCAAGAAGUCGAUUAAUUUUCACAAACACAAUGAACCAAUUAACAUGUACUUCAUUUGAUAUUUUUUAUUAAUCAGUCGUUAUUUAAAAUUAAUGUGUAAUAAUGUUAACUGAAAAAAGUACAAAUUGUAUUAAGCUUUAUUAAAAGUAUAUAACAUUGUUAAGAA